UUACUAGAGAUUUGGCAGCACUGACGCACUGAUCAUCGAACGUUUUGGGUUUUGUAUUGACAUUUGCGUGAAAAUUUGGUGUCCGGGUCUUUGCGGCAUUUCAUAAAUAUGAUCCGUAAUUGAUAGUUUAUAAAAGUUAUGUGUAAGUGGCGAAAAUAGUUUUCCGUUCGGUGUAUGUGUAUUAAACAAGAAACUAGCACAAAAUGGACGCCAAAAGAAAAUUAUCAACGCAAGGUGAUUCCCUGUACGAAGUCUUAGCAUUACCGAAAACGGCGACUGGCGAUGAAAUAAAAAAGACUUACCGUCGCCUGGCGCUGAAGUACCACCCAGACAAGAACCCGAACAACCCGGAGGCCGCCGAGAAGUUCAAAGAAGUAAACAGGGCCCAUUCCAUACUGAGCGACGCCACCAAACGGAAUAUCUACGACAAUUACGGUUCCCUGGGGCUCUACAUCGCCGAGCAGUUCGGUGAAGAGAACGUCAACGCUUACUUUGUCGUUACCUCUACUUGGUGUAAGGCACUAUUCUUCAUCUGUGGUAUACUGACGGGCUGCUACUGCUGCUGCUGCCUGUGCUGCUGCUGCAACUUCUGUUGCGGCAAGUGCAAACCCAGACCACCGGAGGACACCGGAGACUAUCACACUCUUAACCGAGAUCAAGGGCCGAGCUCGGGCCAGCCUGUUACCACUCAGCCAGGUAGGAGGGAGGACGGGUCGGACGAGGAGCGGGGCGGAUCGCCCGUCACGAGCCAGCCGUCCCCCAAGAAGGGCCAGAACGCCCCGGUAUACGCCAUGCCAGCCCCGCCGGCGAACGGGAUGGGCGAGAGCGCCGCCCUUAAUCAAGGUGAUGUGAAAGUCUAUACGCCCGAUUUAAAGUAAUGGAUGGAGGAUAGACAGUAAUAACAAAAAAACUAACAGGUAUGCCAAGUACACCGAAGAAACAGUGGUAACGAAGGGACGUCGACGUCAUCUUCCGCAACCUAGUCAAAAAUUUUCUUAAGUUUCGUCCAUUAAAACUAAUUUAACUAAGCUACAAUUAAGCUUAAAACGAUAUUAUACGGUUUUUAAUCUACCUUUUAGUUCUCUUUAGGUAAUUUUAAAAUUGCAUACGAAUAAAUAAACACUUCAAUUAUCUACUAUCUACUUGUACGGUUAAAGACCUGUUUGGUGUGUGUUAUAUAACAAAAAAAUAAUGCACUUCCGUUGUUUGUUACGUCAUACGAACUCUACAGUAUUUUUUUUCUACGGCUACUAGCAAGGCUUGGAUCUUAUUCUAGCUGUUCGAACUUUUAUUUAUUUUUAUGUACCGACAGUUUGAGGUGGCGCUUCUUGCGGACGCGUGAAGAGCGUCCGUAGAAACUACGACGUCAAGCUGCCGUUAGUUUUAGCACAAUAGCUCAGCGUUGUUAUAAUAUUUGUUCGUUUAAGCGAUCGAUCGUUUCCGUAUAGCCCGUCGGAACGGUAGAGGAUUUGUUGUUAGGGCUCUUCCGGUAAGACUUUUGUUUUGUUUCUCUCCUCACCGUUAUGAAUUGUUAAACAAGCAAUUAGUGUAAAAAAUGAAUAAGUAAUAAAAAUAUAAAUAUCACAGUUAAAUCCUGUAAUUUUAAUAUUUAUUCAGUGUACCGUUGUUAAUCAGUAAUUGUAAUUAAAGAAUUAUAGCCUAGAUAUUAUACACUUACGAUAGAACAUUAUGUGUAUAUUGAAAUUGAAAAUAAAUCUAUUCCUACUUGA